AUGUCCCUGGUAGGGAAGGAGAAGAGCCACGUGCGCUUGGUCUUCUUAGGUGCGGCCGGCGUGGGCAAGACGGCCCUGAUCCGCCGCUUCCUGCUGGACACCUUCGAGCCCAAGCACCGGCGCACGGUGGAGGAGCUGCACAGCAAGGAGUACGAGGUGAGCGGGGCCACCGUGACGCUGGAGAUCCUGGACACCAGCGGCAGUUACUCCUUCCCAGCCAUGAGGAAGCUCUCCAUCCAGAACAGCGACGCCUUCGCUUUGGUCUAUGCCGUCGACAACGCCGAAUCCUUUGAGAGCGUCAAGAGUCUGCGGGAGGAGAUCCUGGAGGUGAAGGAGGACAAAUUCCCUCCCAUCGUGGUGGUGGGCAACAAGGCGGAGAGCGGCGGUGAGCGGCAGGUGCCGGCAGAGGAUGCGCUGUCACUGGUGGAGCUGGACUGGAACAGCCGCUUCGUGGAGACGUCAGCCAAGGACAACGAAAACGUGCUGGAGGUCUUCAGGGAGCUGCUGCAGCAAGCCCGGCUGCCUGGGCGGCUCGGCCCCGCGCUCUGCAGGAGGAGGGAGACCUUCCCCAAUGAGCACGGGCUGCGGCCCCCCAUGAACAAAACCAACAGCUGCUCCGUGUGCUGA